AAAGCCUGAUGGAUGGUAUAAAAUGACUGAUGAUGAAUUACAGUCAGUAUUCCAAGUUGCUAUUGGUCCAUUGUUUUCUAACAACAACCGAUCACUGAGUGAAAUUUUUAAUAUAACAAGUGAUAGCGUAAUACCAUUAUUUGGCUUCAGUAAAUAUCAAUUAGGUAUUCAAAAUGGAAAAUUUAAUCCAAAUAUUAAUGCAGUGGUUUCGAAAUUGACAGAUGAAGAAAUGAAGGAAAGUGAAUGCGAUAGUUUUAUUGGUUCAAACAAAUUACUUCAAGAUACACUACUAGCAACAACAGAUAUAAGUAAUUGUGCUGAAGUUAAUUUCGAUGGAAAAACGUUUUUCAGUCAAAUAAAACAUUUAAGUGUGAACGGCGUGAAUUUUACACAAGUUCAAUUUAUUCGACGUUCAAAACAUAAUUAUUCCUUCACAUUCACAAUGGGUUAUGACGAUGAAAUUAGCAAAUCUGAACUUGACAAUACUAUGAAUACAUUGAAACUUUCAGACGAAUGA